AUGUUGCUGACUAUAGGGCAGGUUUUGUCACCAUGGGGAUCAGGUUCACCGAAAGAACCAUUACCAACUUCUACGGAGCAACUGAGUCCAGAACACAACGCCUUGCCACAGCCUGCUCACGAGGCUCCGUUGCCUCCAGCCACAAUCAAUGAGGAUGGUGACGACUUGGAAGAUGACAUCCGUCGAAGAGAUGCCAAAUAUUACCCUGAAACACGCCAGCCGAGUGCUCAAAUUGACCGGAUGGAUGCGGAACAAAGCCAAUCGUCUCAGGAAAGCAAGGCUGCGGUCCGACGCCUAGAGGAUGAGUUAACCAAAUAUAAGACACAUAUUAAGCAGCAAGAGAUUCAAUUGAGCGACCGGGAUGCAGUUAUUCGGGAACUCCAAAGCAAUCUAGCUCAGAUACAAGAUAAGCACCAAAAGUUGGAGGCCAUAUUUGUUGCACGGCAAAAAUAUGCUCUCCAGUCGAUGGUAGCAAACAAUGGAUACAUUCCAAAGGAGGACCAGUCAAUUAGGGAUGAGCUGUCCAAUUUGACAGAGAGUAUACGGUCGUGGGCCAAAAAAAACUGUUUCAUUUCCUUUGCAGACUUGGAGGAAGUCCCUAAACCCGAGAAGGAUAUGGUCAUCCAUCAAUUAACCGGAUACUGCUCCCAACCAGAUUGGAACUCAACGAUGAGAGAGAUCUCCAUCCCGCAGAAUAAAGUCCCAAUGGUUCUGUUACACGCCUUGUUGGCGAAAGAUUUGUUUGAACAAAUCUUUACAGAUCCCUUUUUUGCGUUCCCAAAGAUUGAUGGUGAUCAUACAACCUCUACAGAAGGGUGCUUUCAAAGAAUAUACCGCAUCAUGAUCCAAGCCGAUGAGCAAAAAGCGCAUACUUGGCGUUCGCUAACAUUGCAAAGCCUUUCCGUCACGAGGCAUCCCAACACAGAGACCUUUCUACAGAACAUGACCAAACAGCUAGUGAGAGGGCUUGUGACCAGAUUCUUGACCAGUUCCGCUCGCACCCUUCUUCGCAAGGUUGAAAAUCCCGAGGCCGGCGACCGACGAGCUCAGGAGCUACAGUCACUGUAUGAUGGGGCCGCGCAGCUGGCACUCUCCCUGUGGACUCAACGGGCUUUCAUGACCUGUCGAAGUCUGGAAGAGCUACCACCGUUUACAGUUUCAAACCCAGUGAUGCGUGCCCAUCGGCUCCAUCAUCUCGACGAAGAUGAUACGAGGCUAGACGGGAAACGGAUACUCCUUUGUGUUCAGCCAGCCGUCCUAGCCUUUGGUUCUGAGAAUGCGGAGCACUACAACCAGCACAAGAUAUGGUCUCCAGCAGUUGUGGUGGUGCGUGAGAAGUAG